CCUGCUGGAGCCGACAGCAUGGAGAUAGUUCGCGGACAGCAGCAGCGCAAAGCCUAACAGCGGUGAUACUCGGUGAGGCGUGGUGAGGCUGGUGUCUGUUUGGCUGUCGUGCGUACAUGGUGCUGCCAUGAUGAACGUACCCCCAGUUGUUACACACCAUCAUUAUGUACGGAGCUGUCUGCCAACUGUCUGCCAAUGUGAUCGAGCUUGCUGAGACGACCCAAAAUUAUAGCGGUGCCAGGGGGUGGCUGAGAGCGCGAGAGCCUGCCCAUGAUGUCACCACAGCAGCCCUUGCAGCGUCAACCUUUUCAAGCUUUUUCACUUUAGGAACGCCGGCUCCCUCUUCCACUCGAUCCUGGGUACUCUUGGUGAUUGGCUGCGGAAUAAUCUCCGACACAGGGAUCCGAGGAUUGGGUCCUGCUAGCUUUUCACAUCACAAUUUUGUGAUAGAUGGAAAUCCAAAGACAUGGAACACAGAUUAUUACCAUCCGUGUGAUGUAUCCAGGGCGAAAAAUUCUCCUUCCCUCCAUCAAUGAACCUCUUUCGCUCUUAUGCUUCUCCCGUCAUCUUGUCGUCAUCAUCGUGCCUUU